AUGGCGUUCAUAGCUCUGGUUUUCUCUGCUCUCCUGUGUGCAGCCCGAUGCAACCCAUUGGGUCUAGGUUCUACAACUGUAUGCGAGUCAAAUCCUAACUUCCUGGGAGGAUUAGGUUUAGGCGGACUCGGCGGGUAUGGCGGCCUCGGUGGAAUGGGAGCUACAACAGUCUGUGAAUCAACACCGAACAUGGGACUCGGCUUAGGCGGUCUGGGAAUCGGCGGUUAUGGACUUGGUGGACUAGGACUAGGCAGCCUAGGCUUCGGUGGUCUCGGUGGAGUAGGAUCCAUAUGUGAGACUGUGCCAAAUGUUGGUAUGCCAAUGGGCACUGCCACUGUAUGUGAAACUACGCCAAAUAUAGGAUUUGGUCUUGGCGGUCUAGGUGGUUUCCCCAUGGGGGGAUUGGGGCUCGGUGGCCUUGGAGUCGGAUCUGUCUGUGAGACGUUACCAAACAUGGGCAUGGGAAUGGGCGGACUCGGUGGAUUAGGUCUUAUGGGAUUAGGAGGCCUGGGAGGUUUAGGCGGUCUUGGUGGUCUAGGUGGUCUAGGCGGCAUAGGUAUGAUGGGAUUAGGCGGCCUUGGCGGACUUGGCCUAGGUGGUCUCGGUGGUCUCGGUGGCCUUGGAGCAACAGCUGUUUGUGAAUCAGUUCCAAAUGUGGGAAUGGGUCUUGGAGGCCUAGGUUUGGGAAUGGGUGGCUUAGGAAUGGGUGGCUUAGGAAUGGGAGGCUUAGGAAUGGGAGGCUUAGGAAUGGGAGGAUUAGGAAUGGGUGGUCUAGGUGGUUACGGUCUUGGUGGAAUUGGGGCGACAACAGUCUGUGAAAGUACUCCGAAUCUAGGUUUUGGUGGUAUGGGAUACGGUCUUGGUGGUUUGGGAGCUCUAGGUGGUAUGGGAGGUAUUGGCUUGAGUGGUCUUGGUGGCGCUACCACCCUUUGUGAGUCCGCUCCUAAUAUGGGUAUUGGUCUUUUGGGACGCCCUUUUUAUUAA